AUGUGUGUGUACGGCCUGCCGCCAGGGGGAGUCGAAAAGUACCUCGUGAAGGUCGGCGACGCGAUCGCGGCGGGGGACCGCAUCGCCGAGGUAUCGACGGACAAGGCCACCGUCGACUUUGAUGUCGUCGACGACGGCAUCGUCGCCAAGUUCCUGAUCCCUGAGGGCACGCAGGACGUUGCGGCGCGAACCUCCCUGCCAGCCCCAGCCGUGAUAGCACCCUCGCCGUGA